AUGGCACCAAGAGGGCCAUCAGCAACGUCACCAGUGCCACCAUCAGUAGUACCACCAGUGCUGCCACCAGCAAAGUCACCAGAAAAGGCACCAGGAAAGCCAUCAGUGAUGUCACCAGUGCCACCAUGA